AUGUCCAACAACUGCGUUAUCCUCCAUCAUGGCGAGAAAGUGGGACAACUCUGGGAGCAUCAACACUCUUUGAAACUGUUUCCCGCUAGAGACACCUGGGUAGGAGAGGCUCUCGAUGCCCUGUCAGGCUUCUUUUGUUACCAUCGACCGCAACACUCGUUCCGCUCCCCCAACAUCGACAACCCCGGCACCAUACAGCCCGUAGCCCUCAAAUUGACCGCAAGCCUUUCUUCUGAACGCUCUCUGCCGUCCUCCAUCUCCGGAGGGAGGCGCAUCGCCGACUCUGCUACUGCGGUGAUCCUCAGCGGCGGAUAUCAUCGAAUUGGAACGCCUAAGGGAGGGGAUUUCUGGCCGUGCUCAUUACGGGACAGCCUCAACCUCAACCGCAGUCGUGAUCGACGGGCAUUGCAAGGUAUAAAGACCUCGCUAAAAGCUGACAGGAAGACAUCCCCCCUCAUCGGCUUCUAUCCCAUCUACAUCCUCUCCUCACCACCAAAUACACAAGUGACAAUCAUGCAAAAGAUCGCCAUAUCAUACACCUUUGUCUCUAUCCUCUGUGCAGUUGGCGUUCAAGCAGCAGCCAUUUCUUCAUUGUCCGGUGAAGCAUCUACUGGAUUCCCAACCGACCUCCCUCUUCCUUCGGGAUCCAUCUUCCCAUCCGGGUCGAUAACCGCCUUUCCAAACGCAACAGCGCCGUCCUUCCCAAUUCCCACAGCGAUCGUGAACGGCAUUGCAACAUACAUUAUCUGCCCACCCUUCCCUUCAGGUUCGGAUGCGUCGUUCCCCAGCGGUCUUUCGUCCGACCUCUCCUCAAACUUUCUCUCGCCCACCGGCACCAUCCCAGACGGCGAUUCUUUCCCCACCGACAUUCCAUCCCCCUCAGGGGAGUUUACAGUAACGCUUGAGCCGACCGCAGGCGCCUUCCCUUCAGGUGUGGUCUUCCCCUCCGGAUCCGACGCGUCGUCUGCCUUCCCGACGGGUGCACCUUUCCCUUCCACCUCCUUGCCCUCAGACGCGCUAGUUCCAUCAGGAUCGGCGCCUUGGAAUCCUUGCGGAUACCCGUUCCCCAGCUCGUUCCCGGGCAAUGGGACGUUCUCCGGAUCCUUGCCAAUCCCCACUGGCACCGUUGUUCCCGGCACUGGCAUCGUGUUCCCGUCUGCAACUUACUCUGUAGAGGCAACGGCCGAACCUAGCACCACGGCCAACUAA